AUGGAUUCUCCGCCGCUCCGAGCCAAACCCGCCUCUGCUUUGCCGGCGUAUCUUACCAACGGCAAUCCCCCCUCCCAUGCGUCCCGCGAUAAGAAAGAACGAGAGAACUUAUAUUCCUCUAUCAAAGCCUCCAACGAAGGUCGACGUGCAGUUGAUCUCGAGAAUACCGAAACUCUUCCCUACAGUGGAAACUCAUAUUACUCCAAAAUUGCACAGGAGCAGCGACCAGAGAUCACCUCUCACACUAAUGGACCGGCUCUGAAGCAUCCUCAUCCUCGUGCCCAUAUUGGCCCUUACGAGGCAGCACGGGACCCAAGAGAUGAAGCUGUUCCACCUACUCCUCCGGGGACCAGCCGAUCUGCAAGUCCAUACACUCUGAACCCACCCAUUGAUUUCGAUGGGUUAAGCUGGCCUAGUCUUGGAACUAGGGAACGUCUGGAAGCUACUCCCGAGGAAGCUCAAGCAAGAGUCAAGAAGCUCUCCGGUGCCGUAGCGACCAUUCUCGAAUGUCUCGGUGAAGAUCCGGACCGCGAGGGUCUGGCAGGCACUCCCGAGAGGUAUGCCAAGGCGAUGCUCUUCUUUACCAAGGGCUACGAAGAAAACCUACGAGAUAUUGUCAACGGCGCAGUCUUCCACGAAGAUCACGACGAAUUGGUUAUCGUUAAGGACAUUGAGAUUUUCUCUCUCUGCGAGCACCACCUGGUGCCAUUUACCGGCAAGAUGCACAUUGGAUACAUUCCCAACCGCCGUGUCAUUGGUCUCUCCAAGCUAGCUCGCAUCGCUGAGAUGUUUUCGCGUCGCCUCCAAGUCCAAGAGCGGCUGACGAAGCAAGUCGCUCUGGCUCUCGCCGAAGUGCUACAACCACUUGGCGUUGCCGUCGUCAUGGAAUCGACCCACCUUUGCAUGGUGAUGCGUGGCGUGCAAAAGCCUGGCGCCACUACAACCACAAGCUGCAUGCUUGGACGCAUGAGGACUACCGCCACGACGAGGGAGGAGUUCCUUAACCUGCUCAACCGAAAGUAA